UGAGGGUUCUCCCCCUAAUCCUUCAUUUAAUUCCUGCAUAUAAAAGUAGACGGAUGUAUUUUGCACGCAAUUUGCAAAAGUUUGGUCCAGUUGCCAUCCAUUAAGAAUCAAUAUCGCGGUUAAAAAAAUUCGAAACAAAAUCAGACAUAACAAAUAGAUAUGAAAGGUGCUAGUGUGAGCUUUUUUAUCGCAUUUGUACUAAUGGUAAAUUUGCAGAAUACUGAGAGCAGAAAAAUGUCCAUGGAUGAAGUUAAUGAAGCGCUGCUGCCGUUGAAAAAUUGCAUAGAGAGAGUUCGCCUCGAUCCAAAGGUACUUGAUAAGGUAAACAAAGGUAACUUUGUAUCCGACCGGAAAUUGCAGUGUUAUUAUAAGUGCAUGCUAUUGAACACAAAAGGCAUGAGUAAAGAUGACAGGAUAGUGAAACAGGCACUCGUCAAUAUUGUAGAGCUCAUGUUAAACGACAAUCUUUUCGAUCCUUCUAUGAAAGCAUUGGAACAUUGUGAUCCAAUCAUAAAGAAGAAAGGAGACGGAUGUGAAUUAGCAUACGAGUUAAUUAAAUGCAUCUACGAAUUUGAUUCAAUGCUUCUCUUUUUCUCGUGAGGACGUCAUUCUCGAUUUUUCAACGCAUUUAGAACGCAUUAAUUCUGGAAACUAUUUUGGUUCGACUUGAUAUGAAAAUAGGCCAUUACAGCAGAAUAUGUAUUGUGUUCCAAAAUCGAAAGAAAAAUUCCAAAUGUAUUAAAUACAUAUAUAAUUAAAUAAAUCUUAUGUUAUAACAUGUA